AACACAGAUUGCAAGCCUUGCCGACACUGUCAAGGCGUUCACAGGCAGCAUUCAAGACAUUGCGGCACAAGCCAUGCAUACACCAACGGGCUCGUCGUCAGCUACUCUACUGCCUCCUUUCGAUCAAGAGAAAUAUCCCAGUGCAAAGUUCUGGUACCAGCGCGAGUGGAAGCAGUACAAAAAAGCGAAGCGCCAUGCGGGCGGCAUCAGCAACCCCGGCGAAGACGCAGAUGAAAAGUCUAAACUGAUCAAGGAGCUGGCUUUCGGCUACCUGACUGACAAAAACGGUGAACGCGUCAGUUUAGAAGCUAUUGAUGCAGUUCGGGACUGUUGUCGGCAGACGUACACAUCAUUUGAUACUGCUUACAAUCCCCAUGCACCUGUAGAGCACCGAGCUGAGCUUCCACCGAAGAAGUGGAAGAAGGAAGCCACCCUCAACCAGCGGACGACUCUGCGCAGAGAGUUGGAGUCUCGAUUCGAGUUCAUGCGGUUUUGUGCGGAUGGCUGGAAGAGCGAGCGCCUGGCCAUCGACACCCUUCCUGGAUUCCGACAGAAGCAUCCGGCACCGCGUCCUCUGCCAGAUGAGCAGUUCACUAGACCUGGAGCAGGCGACUCAGACAACUCGGACAGCAGCGAUGAUGAGCCCGUGCGCACCUCCAGGACACGCAAGCAUGCAGAUGACGGCAGGAAUAGUGGAUCCAAGCGGCGCCGUGAGACAGUUAUCCAGCAGCGACCGACAAAUGUGAAUGAGGCGGCGGAGCCACUUUCGCACAGGCAAGACUUGACAGAGACGUCGUCGCGUCAAAUCAGACUCCUGGCCAAUCCUCUUCACACACUUUUUGAUGGUGAUAAUGGUCCUCGGCCUGACCGGGAACCUACACCUACACCGACGGCGCGCCCAGCAGAACCAGAGGACAGCACAGCAGCUUCAGACAGGCCAAGAGAUCCUGAUGCUGAGCCUCCUUUGCAAGAGGAGAGCACUGACGAUGCACCCGGCCGGCAGUUGGCGACAGCGGGAGGCGGUGAGAAUGUAGACAGAUUAUCACCUCCGAUCAUACAAACAAGCUCUAGUCGUGAGAAUGGUGAUGGGCAAACUUCUGGCUCCAUGGCCAAGAAGGGCAAGGGCCCGAAACCCUUAAAGUUCGAUGAAAACUCUCCGGUCACCGCUCGGACGCUUUGCGGGAUCGACUGGUGUGAAGCCAAUCCUGGCGGAAGUGCCGUACAGUUCAAGACGUACUGGGAUGGGUUGCCCAAGGAUGACAAGAAGGAUUAUGAUAAGAAGGCGCGGGCACUGAAAGCGGCGGGCAAGGGACCUCUCGACACCGUCAACUAAAUGCGCAGCCGGUAUUAUUGGACUUAGAUUUGUCGUAGAGCAUGGGGCACGAUGGCGCAAAUUGGCAGCAGCGCGGCACAGGGUAG